UUUCCAUCAGAUAUUUUACACGUUGAUUAUCAGACAAUUUACAAUUUAGCGGGACAGGCCCUUAAAUUUGUAAACUGGAAUCCAUUAACCUCCAACUGAAUCAUUGCAGUAAAAAUACUAUACAGAGUACAGUUAACAGGAUAUUAUAUAAAACCUAUUGCAAAAGAGUCAAUUAAUCUUAUGAAAAGUUUGUUAAUAUUUUGCAAUAGCCAUCAUCGCCUAAAUUCUCAUAUAUCUCACAUUUAUCUAAGGCUUACUCGUUGUCAUGCGCAAACCAACUUACAAAGACCUGUGCGCUAUAAAUACAUUCUUCAUUGAUGUAUCAAAUAUGAAUAGAUAAAAAGGUCCACGUAUAUUUGCUUGAAUAAUUGUUGUUUCAUCCGCUAUAAAUUUACUUAACGAUAUAUUACAUGAUCAUAUUUAAUAUAAUUCAGUAGUUGCUGGUGAUUCUUAAGUGAUAUUGAGUGAAGAUGAAAAUAUUGGAUUAAAUAAAACAAAAAUGACUGUACUUGAUAUAAUUGAAGUAGACGACAAUGAAAAUCGUCAAGAUACACUUACAUCUAUGCAAGAAGUUGAUUUAGCUCUCAAAGAAUGUGGAUUUGGCUGGUUUCAUGUAUUAUUACUGACGUCAUCAAUCAUCGGUUUGAUCGCAGGAAUCCUAGUGACAAAUACAACUCCUUACAUAUUACCGAUAGCAGAAUGUGAUUUAAACAUGAAUUUAUUACAAAAGGGAUUAUUAAAUGCAAUGCCAUACAUAGGAAUGACCCUGGUAUCAAUUUUGGUUGGUUUCUUAACCGAUACGUUUGGCCGGAAAAUAUUUCUCGUCUCCGGUUUCUGUGGCCUCUUCCUUUUUACUGUUGUUGGUGGAUCCAGUCAAAGCUAUGAGGUUUUGAUUACUGCGAAAUUCUUCGAAGGAAUACUAUUCGCAAUGUCUUUUGGCCCAAAUUUGACGAUGACUUCGGAGUUCUGCUACAAGGAGAUUAGAGAUAGAGUGAUAUUGUUCAGAUCUUCCUUCAAAGCGUUUGCUCAGAUAAUAGUCGCUGCGAUGUCUUGGGGCAUUCUCUCACAUGAUUGGAAUUUAUCUUUAUUCAAUGGGUAUAUAGAUCUUCAUAUUUGGAAUUUUUACAUUUAUUUAAUGUCUCUCUGGUCUUUGCUUUCAUUCGUUCUGUACAUCGUUUUACCUGAAAGCCCAAAGUUUUAUAUAACCCAAAAUAAGUAUACAGAAGCAAGACACGUUUUACUUAAAGUAUAUAAGAUGAAUACAGGAAAACCCGCUGAAACUUUUAAGUAUUUCAACUUAUGGAAGAAUAAAGAAAAAGAAUUUAUAGACGAAGAGCCAAUAAGAAAAGAAGAGAUCAGUUUUACGCAACAAUUGGUUACUGGACUUCAUAACGUAAAGCCUAUGUUCCAAAGGCCACUGGUUGGUUAUCUUAUUCUCAUAUCUGGUAUGAACUUCCUAAGUUUAGGAUUCUACAACAUAAUAAGGCUGUGGUUCCCGCAAUUGUCAACAAUCGUCGAACAUUACAGUUUUGACGGUGAUAAUGAUUUAUGUGAUAUAUUGGACUCUUAUACAAAUAAUUUGAAUGUGAAAACCGCAAAUGCAACAUUAUCUGAAGUUUGUGUACCCACUCGCAGUGGUGAUGAAACAUAUAUAAACAGUAUAAUUUUAGGCUGUGUUUGCAUUAUCCCGUUUGCAAUAAGUGGUAUAUUAGUGAACAAAGUUGGUAAGAAGAAUUUAUUCAUAGCCGCUGGCCUGAUUUGUGUUGGUGUUACCCUGGGUAUAAGAUGGGCGAACUCGAAAUUAGCUGUGGUCGCAUUGUUUUCGGUAGAUGUCGCUGUGUUACAAACUAUGACUGGUUUAUUCCAAGCUUCAACAGUUGAAGUGUUUCCAACAAGAAUGAGAACUCUUGCGAUCUCCGUUAUUAUGACUUUGGGACGUAUCGGUACGCUUGUGGGUAAUGUGGCGUUCCCAAUACUACUCGACAUGGGUUGUGUUGUACCUUUCUACUCAUUAACUAUUGUUAUGAUAUGUGUAACAGUGAUGGCCUUGUUUCUUCCGAAAUCAUAAGAAACUAAUUUGAUGACAUCUACACUUGUUAUGUUAAGAAACAAAGCAAAUAUAUUUAUCCAAUUCAAAGCAAAGUUAGAAGACUAUACGCAUUUAUUAAUCACUGAUUUGUAUAAAUGGACCGGUUAUUCCAUUAAAAUGAAAGCUUUUGCUUCGGAUUUAAACUCGUCUGUUGAUGUUAAUAACAGUUAAUUUUCUAUAUGUUGUUAGUACCAAUUCUCACCGCCAUUGACCGCGACAGUCAGAGCCAAAUGUACAAAAUAUCAUGUGCUACAUCCUGUCCUUUUGCAUAGGUUAUUGGUCAAAAUACAAGAAAAAUAACAUUUAAUAUUAAUUAUUUAUCUGUUUAGUCCUUUUUCAACUAGUUUAAGAUGAAUUACUUGCUUUGAAUUGCUUUAUUAUUAAGAAGAAUUGACAUUAAUAUUUAUUCCUUUCAAUAACCCGUAAUGUUUGAUAGACGGCAUUAUGGCCCGCAUGUUAAAGGAAACGCUGGUGUUGACAUCGAACGGUACAAGCUUCUUAUAGUGAGAAGGGUUGAGGCUUACGGAUAUUUAUCUUUCACGUGUUG